UCGGCCGCGGGAGGGAGCGCAGGGGCGCCGGGGCGCGGGGCGCGGGUGCGAGCGCAGCGAAGGAACGAGCCGGGCGCGGAGACGGGCCCGGGAGCCCGCGAGAGCACAGCGCCGACUGCCAGCCGGGGAAGAGAGGGCGGGACUGUCCGCCGCCUCCCCGGGACCGUCCGCCGCGCGUGUGCGUCCCAGCCCCGCCGGCCAGCGCAGGAGGCCGCCGUCCGGGCGCAGAGGGCAGCCGGGAGGGAGGCAUGCCGCCGCUCCUGGCGCCCCUGCUCUGCCUGGCGCUGCUGCCCGCGCUCGCCGCACGAGGCCCGCGAUGCUCCCAGCCGGGUGAGACCUGCCUGAAUGGCGGGAAGUGUGAAGCGGCCAAUGGCACGGAGGCCUGCGUCUGUGGCGGGGCCUUCGUGGGCCCACGAUGCCAGGACCCCAACCCGUGCCUCAGCACCCCCUGCAAGAACGCCGGGACAUGCCACGUGGUGGACCGCGGAGGCGUGGCAGACUACGCCUGCAGCUGUCCCCUGGGCUUCUCUGGGCCCCUCUGCCUGACGCCCCUGGACAACGCUUGCCUCACCAACCCCUGCCGCAACGGGGGCACCUGCGACCUGCUCACGCUCACGGAGUACAAGUGCCGCUGCCCGCCCGGCUGGUCAGGGAAAUCAUGCCAGCAGGCUGACCCCUGCGCCUCCAACCCCUGUGCCAACGGUGGCCAGUGCCUGCCCUUCGAGGCCUCCUACAUCUGCCACUGCCCACCCAGCUUCCACGGCCCCACCUGCCGGCAGGAUGUCAACGAGUGCGGCCAGAACCCGGGGCUCUGCCGCCAUGGAGGCACCUGCCACAACGAAGUCGGCUCCUACCGCUGCGUCUGCCGCGCCACCCACACGGGGCCCAACUGCGAGCGGCCCUACGUGCCCUGCAGCCCCUCGCCCUGCCAGAACGGGGGCACCUGCCGCCCCACUGGUGACGUCACCCAUGAGUGCGCCUGCCUGCCAGGCUUCACCGGCCAGAACUGCGAGGAGAAUAUCGAUGAUUGUCCAGGAAACAACUGCAAGAAUGGGGGCGCCUGUGUGGACGGCGUGAACACCUACAACUGCCGCUGCCCGCCAGAGUGGACAGGUCAGUACUGUACCGAGGACGUGGACGAGUGCCAGCUGAUGCCAAAUGCCUGCCAGAACGGCGGGACCUGCCACAACACCCACGGUGGCUACAACUGCGUGUGUGUCAACGGCUGGACCGGUGAGGACUGCAGCGAGAACAUCGAUGACUGCGCCAGCGCCGCCUGCUUCCACGGCGCCACCUGCCACGACCGCGUGGCCUCCUUCUACUGCGAGUGUCCCCACGGCCGCACAGGUCUGCUGUGUCACCUCAAUGAUGCGUGCAUCAGUAACCCCUGCAACGAGGGCUCCAACUGCGACACCAACCCUGUCAACGGCAAGGCCAUCUGCACCUGCCCCUCGGGGUACACGGGCCCGGCCUGCAGCCAGGAUGUGGACGAGUGCUCGCUGGGUGCCAACCCCUGCGAGCACGCAGGCAAGUGCAUCAACACGCUGGGCUCCUUCGAGUGCCAGUGUCUGCAGGGCUACACAGGCCCCCGCUGCGAGAUCGACGUCAAUGAGUGUGUCUCGAACCCGUGCCAGAACGACGCCACCUGUCUGGACCAGAUCGGGGAGUUCCAGUGCAUCUGCAUGCCAGGCUACGAGGGUGUGCACUGUGAGGUCAACACGGAUGAGUGCGCUAGCAGCCCCUGCCUGCACAAUGGCCGCUGCCUGGACAAGAUCAAUGAGUUCCAGUGCGAGUGCCCCACGGGCUUCACUGGGCACCUCUGCCAGUAUGACGUGGAUGAGUGUGCCAGCACCCCCUGCAAGAAUGGUGCCAAGUGCCUGGAUGGACCCAACACUUACACCUGCGUGUGCACAGAAGGGUACACGGGGAUGCACUGUGAGGUGGACAUUGAUGAGUGCGACCCCGACCCCUGCCACUACGGCUCCUGCAAGGACGGCGUCGCCACCUUCACCUGCCUCUGCCGCCCGGGUUACACGGGCCACCACUGCGAGACCAACAUCAACGAGUGCUCCAGCCAGCCCUGCCGCCAUGGGGGCACCUGCCAGGACCGCGACAACGCCUACCUCUGCUUCUGUCUGAAGGGGACCACAGGACCCAACUGCGAGAUCAACCUGGACGACUGUGCCAGCAGCCCCUGUGACUCAGGCACCUGUCUGGACAAGAUCGACGGCUACGAGUGUGCCUGUGAGCCGGGCUACACAGGGAGCAUGUGCAACAUCAACAUCGAUGAGUGUGCGGGCAACCCCUGCCACAACGGGGGCACCUGCCAGGACGGCAUCAAUGGCUUCACCUGCCGCUGCCCCGAGGGCUACCACGACCCCACCUGCCUGUCUGAGGUCAAUGAGUGCAACAGCAACCCCUGUGUCCACGGGGCCUGCCGGGACAGCCUCAACGGGUACAAGUGCGACUGUGACCCUGGGUGGAGCGGGACCAACUGUGACGUCAACAACAAUGAGUGUGAGUCCAACCCUUGUGUCAACGGUGGCACCUGCAAAGACAUGACCAGUGGCUACGUGUGCACUUGCCGGGAGGGCUUCAGCGGUCCCAACUGCCAGACCAACAUCAAUGAGUGUGCAUCCAACCCGUGUCUGAACCAGGGCACGUGUAUUGACGACGUUGCGGGGUACAAGUGCAACUGCCUGCUGCCCUACACAGGUGCCACGUGUGAGGUGGUGCUGGCCCCGUGUGCCCCCAGCCCCUGCAGAAACGGUGGGGAGUGCAGGGAAUCCGAGGACUAUGAGAGCUUCUCCUGCGUCUGCCCCACGGGCUGGCAAGGGCAGACCUGUGAGGUCGACAUCAACGAGUGUGUUAUGAGCCCGUGCCGGCAUGGCGCGUCCUGCCAGAACACCCAUGGCGGCUACCGCUGCCACUGCCAGGCCGGCUACAGCGGGCGCAACUGCGAGACUGACAUUGACGACUGCCGGCCCAACCCAUGUCACAACGGCGGCUCCUGCACAGACGGCGUCAACACGGCCUUCUGCGACUGCCUGCCCGGCUUCCAGGGCACUUUCUGUGAGGAGGACAUCAAUGAGUGUGCCAGUGACCCCUGCCGCAACGGGGCCAACUGCACGGACUGCGUGGACAGCUACACGUGCACCUGUCCCGCAGGCUUCAGCGGGAUCCACUGUGAGAACAACACGCCUGACUGCACAGAGAGCUCCUGCUUCAAUGGUGGCACCUGCGUGGAUGGAAUCAACUCGUUCACCUGCCUGUGUCCACCCGGCUUCACGGGCAGCUACUGCCAGCACGAUGUCAACGAGUGCGACUCACAGCCCUGCCUGCACGGUGGCACCUGUCAGGACGGCUGCGGGUCCUACAGGUGCACCUGUCCCCAGGGCUACACCGGCCCCAAUUGCCAGAACCUCGUGCACUGGUGUGACUCCUCGCCCUGCAAGAACGGUGGCAAAUGCUGGCAGACCCACACCCAGUACCGCUGCGAGUGCCCCAGUGGCUGGACCGGCCUUUACUGUGAUGUGCCCAGCGUGUCCUGUGAGGUGGCUGCGCAGCGACAAGGCGUUGAUGUUGCCCGGCUGUGCCAGCAUGGAGGGCUCUGUGUGGAUGCGGGCAACACGCACCACUGCCGCUGCCAGGCAGGCUACACAGGCAGCUACUGUGAGGACCUGGUGGACGAGUGCUCGCCCAGCCCCUGCCAGAACGGGGCCACCUGCACAGACUACCUGGGCGGCUACUCCUGCAAGUGCGUGGCCGGCUACCACGGGGUGAACUGCUCUGAGGAGAUUGAUGAGUGCCUGUCCCACCCCUGCCAGAACGGGGGCACCUGUCUUGACCUCCCCAACACCUACAAGUGCUCCUGCCCACGGGGCACACAGGGUGUGCACUGUGAGAUCAACGUGGACGACUGCAACCCCCCCGUUGACCCCGUGUCUCGGAGCCCCAAGUGCUUUAACAACGGCACCUGCGUGGACCAGGUGGGCGGCUACAGCUGUACCUGCCCGCCGGGCUUCGUGGGUGAGCGCUGCGAGGGAGAUGUCAACGAGUGCCUCUCCAAUCCCUGCGACGCCCGUGGCACCCAGAACUGCGUGCAGCGCGUCAACGACUUCCACUGCGAGUGCCGUGCCGGUCACACCGGGCGCCGCUGCGAGUCAGUCAUCAACGGCUGCAAGGGCAAGCCUUGCAAAAAUGGGGGCACCUGUGCUGUGGCCUCCAACACCGCCCGUGGGUUCAUCUGCAAGUGCCCUGCGGGCUUCGAGGGCGCCACGUGUGAGAAUGACGCUCGCACCUGCGGUAGCCUGCGCUGCCUCAACGGUGGCACGUGCAUCUCUGGCCCGCGCAGCCCCACCUGCCUGUGCCUGGGCCCCUUCACGGGCCCUGAGUGCCAGUUCCCGGCCAGCAGCCCCUGCCUAGGCGGCAACCCCUGCUACAACCAGGGGACCUGUGAGCCCACGUCCGAGAGCCCCUUCUACCGUUGCCUGUGCCCUGCCAAAUUCAACGGGCUCUUGUGCCACAUCCUGGACUACAGCUUCGGGGGCGGGGCCGGGCGCGACAUCCCCCCGCCGCAGAUCGAGGAGGCCUGCGAGCUGCCCGAGUGCCAGGAGGACGCGGGCAACAAGGUCUGCAGCCUGCAGUGCAACAACCACGCGUGCGGCUGGGACGGCGGCGACUGCUCCCUCAACUUCAAUGACCCCUGGAAGAACUGCACGCAGUCUCUGCAGUGCUGGAAGUACUUCAGCGAUGGCCACUGUGACAGUCAGUGCAACUCGGCCGGCUGCCUCUUUGACGGCUUCGACUGCCAGCGCGCAGAAGGCCAGUGCAACCCCCUGUACGACCAGUACUGCAAGGACCACUUCAGCGACGGGCACUGUGACCAGGGCUGCAACAGCGCGGAGUGCGAGUGGGACGGGCUGGACUGCGCGGAGCAUGUGCCGGAGAGGCUAGCGGCGGGCACGCUGGUGGUGGUGGUGCUGAUGCCCCCGGAGCAGCUGCGCAACAGCUCCUUCCACUUCCUGCGGGAGCUCAGCCGGGUGCUGCACACCAACGUGGUCUUCAAGCGCGACGCGCACGGCCAGCAGAUGAUCUUCCCCUACUACGGCCGCGAGGAGGAGCUGCGCAAGCACCCCAUCCAGCGCGCCGCCGAGGCCUGGGCCGCCCCCGAGGCCUUGCUGGGCCAGGUGAAGGCCUCGCUGCUCCCUGGUGGCGGCGGCGGUGGGCGGCGGCGGAGGGAGCUGGACCCCAUGGACGUCCGCGGCUCCAUCGUCUACCUGGAGAUUGACAACCGGCAGUGUGUGCAGGCCUCCUCGCAGUGCUUCCAGAGCGCCACCGACGUGGCCGCAUUCCUGGGGGCGCUCGCCUCGCUGGGCAGCCUCAAUAUCCCCUACAAGAUCGAGGCCGUGCAGAGUGAGACCGUGGAGCCGCCCCCGCCGGCGCAGCUGCACUUCAUGUACGUGGCGGCGGCCGCCUUUGUGCUCCUGUUCUUCGUGGGCUGCGGGGUGCUGCUGUCCCGCAAGCGCCGGCGGCAGCAUGGCCAACUCUGGUUCCCUGAGGGCUUCAAGGUGUCCGAGGCCAGCAAGAAGAAGCGGCGGGAGCCCCUUGGCGAGGACUCUGUGGGCCUCAAGCCCCUGAAGAAUGCCUCAGAUGGUGCCCUCAUGGACGACAACCAGAAUGAGUGGGGGGACGAGGACCUGGAGACCAAGAAGUUCCGGUUCGAGGAACCCGUGGUUCUGCCUGACCUGGACGAACAGACAGACCACCGGCAGUGGACUCAGCAGCACCUGGAUGCCGCUGACCUGCGCAUGUCUGCCAUGGCCCCCACGCCGCCCCAGGGUGAGGUUGACGCCGACUGCAUGGACGUCAAUGUCCGCGGGCCUGGUAAGGGUGCCAGCAGCCCGGGCUUCCCUAGCUCCAUGGCCCACCUGCCUCUCUCCCCUAAGCCCCGAGGCUGGGGUACAGUUGAUACUCUGGAAACUGAGUUGGGGGUGAGAGCUUUCAUCCUUGGGGUGUUUCCUGUUCAGAGUGGAUGGGGGGUCCUGGAGUCCUCCUGUUCUUCCACCAACCCUCUCCUGGGGCAAUGCCGCACGGUCACUACGUCCCUGUAAAUUACUUUCUUCUGAAACCUUCUUCUUGAGGUAUGAAAAGCGUGGAUUUUCUUUUUUUUUUU